CUGUCGCCAUUACCACCGAUGCCCCGGAUUGCAACGUACACAAAUCCAGCACGCCGCGGGGUGCGCGAAGCUCUAGACCGAUUUGGAUAUCGGAUCCGGAGCUGUUGAUAAAGGUGAAUCAAGCUCCUUUGAUCGCCAUCCUCCCUCCCACCAUGAAGGUAUGCAUCAUCGGAGCCGGUAUGGGUGGGCUGGCAGCGUCCAUUGCCCUACAGCAGGAUGACCACGAAACUGUUGUCUAUGAGCGAGUCUCGGACCUCCGACCCGUUGGUGCGGCUAUCUCAGUCUGGUGUAACGGCGUCAAGGUUCUUGCUAAGCUUGGGCUACUUAAGCAGGUGGAAAGGGUGUCUGGUCAGAUGAAUAGGAUGAGCUAUCGGAAGUGGGAUAGUGGCGAGGUGUACUGCGAUUUCAGCUUGCUACCCCUGUACGAGGAGGUGAAACAGCGGGCGUAUCCUAUCGCACGAGCUGAGCUGCAGAAGAUGCUCCUCGAUGCCAAUGCUCCAGCACCUAUCCACCUUCAGAAGCGCGCCGUAUCGUACUCGACUUCCGAGGACAGCGUUACAGUGUCGUUUGAAGACGGGACGACAGAGACAGCCGACUUUGUCGUUAUCGCAGAUGGAACACAUUCUAAGCUGCGCAAUCAGGUCACCAAGACAGAGAUCGAGAGAGAUUAUGUCGGAUAUGUGAACUGGAACGGGCCUAUCGAAAUGAAGGAGUUCGAGGGACUGAUAUCAAACGAUAACUGGACGCAAUUUGUCGGAGAGGGCAAGCGAGUGUCAUUCAUGCCCAUGUCAGCGACACAUUACUACUUUUUCUUCGACGUCCCUCUUCCUCUAUCUUCCGCGCCUAAACGUCCAGAAGAAUACCGCUCUACCCUCGCGAAACAUUUUGGUCACUGGCAUCCAGCUGUCCAAAGACUUGUUGAGCGGCUGGACCCCUCCAAGAUGGCACGCGUGGAAAUACACGACACCAAAAAGCUUCCCACGCUCGUCGACCUUGAGUCAGGGCGUGCCCUACUCAUCGGCGACGCCGCGCAUGCUACCUGUCCAGACCUAGGGCAAGGAGGCUGUCAGGCGUUUGAAGAUGCGUUCGUUCUUCAACAACUGUUCCGUGAGCACCGGAUAUCUCCUGCGUCGCCGUCGACGAAACUAGAUAUCGAGACCCUUCGUGCUGUGCUCCGAGAUUUUCAGGAUCAGCGGGGGGACCGCACGGCAGAGCUGGUGUUACGUGCGAGGAAGCGGUCUGGGGUGACACAUCAGCUGGGCGACCCGCAGGAGACACUGGAUUGGUAUGAGGAGCUCAAGACGGAGGACGGGACAGGAAUUAUGAGGGGAAUGAUCAAGACAAUCCUUGGUGCACCGGCGCAACUAGACCAUCCUUAGAUUUAUUUAUGGCUUGGAAUAUAUAGAGGUAAAUUGAAAUAAAUCUAAACCAAAUGUACCUCACGUGAGAGACGCGACGCGAAUCGGAAAUCGGAACUGGUUCCUUCCUGCCGCCAUGCAGAGACUC